ACUCCUGCUCAAAAGCUCAGUCAGAACACAGAGAAACGGGACAAGAGGCUUAUAAUCCUUCUCAUUGUCCUUCUGUGUACCUGCUGUGGCGCGUCUCAGUCAAUCUUUCAUCGGCUUUGACUUACCAGCACUAUCAGCCAAAAUGACUCGCGUCUCAGUCCUGAACGACUGCUUGAACAGCAUUGUCAAUGCAGAGAGGAAGGGUAAGAGGCAAGUCCUCAUCCGCCCUUCCUCCAAGGUCAUCAUCAAGUUCCUUCAAGUCAUGCAAAAGCACGGUUACAUUGGAGAGUUUGAGGAGAUUGAUGACCACCGAUCAGGGAAGAUCGUCGUUCAGCUGAACGGCCGGAUCAACAAGUGUGGUGUCAUCUCCCCACGCUUCAACGUUCAGCUCGGUCAGAUUGAGAACUGGGUCAACCAGCUCCUCCCUGCUCGUUCUUUCGGCUACAUCAUCCUCACCACCAGCGCCGGCAUCAUGGACCAUGAGGAGGCAAGGCGAAAGCACGCUGGUGGAAAGAUCAUCGGGUACUUCUACUAAGGGCUCCACCGAAAGCUUCACGCUUCAGCUCGAUUUCAUGCUCAGUCGACCCCAUCGCCAAAACUACGCUUGAAGUCGCGCUGUAGGAUGGGCGUGUUUUUGCUUGCGAUGUCCAGGA